GAACUCCAACUCCCAUAAACUUUACUCGACUGCGCAUGCGCCCGAGUCUUGCUGCGCAUGCGCGUCUUUCCGCACUGUUAUUUUUUUGUCCUCCCGCAAGCCGCAGAGCAACAAGCCUGAGCGAGGACUCGCCCUGAAUGGUUUGUGCAGAAGGAGCGCGGAGGCCGAGAUCACGGCGCUGCUGCUGCUGCUGCUGGAGCUGCUGGAGCUCUUACAUUAGUGUCUAUCAGGGAUUACAGACCUCACCAUGGCGCAUCUCCGGGCCAUCAACAGGAAUGCGCGUCUGGACCCAGAAGAGUACUUCACAAAGCAGGAGCGAAUUGGGAAGGGUUCAUUCGGUGAGGUCUACAAAGGCAUCAAUAACCACACUAAAGAGGUGGUGGCCAUCAAGAUCAUCGACCUGGAGGAGGCCGAGGACGAGAUCGAGGACAUCCAGCAGGAGAUCACCGUCCUCAGCCAGUGUGACAGCCCUUUCGUCACCAAGUACUACGGCUCCUAUCUCAAGGGAACUAAACUGUGGAUCAUUAUGGAAUAUUUGGGAGGAGGAUCUGCUUUAGAUCUUCUCCGCCCUGGGCCGCUAGAAGAGACGUACAUUGCCACUAUUCUUAGGGAAAUUCUAAAAGGUCUGGAGUAUUUACACUCAGAAAGGAAGAUUCACCGUGAUAUUAAAGCUGCCAACGUGCUGCUGUCAGAGCAGGGGGAUGUGAAGCUGGCGGACUUCGGCGUGGCCGGUCAGCUCACAGACACACAGAUUAAGAGGAACACGUUUGUAGGGACUCCGUUCUGGAUGGCCCCGGAGGUCAUCAAACAAUCCGCCUACGAUUUCAAGGCCGAUAUCUGGUCACUGGGCAUCACCGCCAUCGAGCUGGCUAAAGGAGAGCCGCCGAACUCGGACCUGCACCCCAUGCGUGUGCUCUUCCUGAUCCCUAAAAGCACGCCCCCUACGCUGGAGGGCUCCUACAGCAAACCCUUCAAAGAGUUUGUGGAGGCGUGUCUCAAUAAAGACCCGCGAUUCAGACCCACAGCUAAAGAGCUGCUGAAACACAAGUUCAUCACACGCUACACCAAGAAGACGUCCUACCUGACCGAGCUGAUCGACCGCUACCGCCGCUGGAAGUCUGAGGGCCACGGAGAAGAGUCCAGCUCUGACGACUCCGACAUGGACGGAGACGGUGACGAGAGGGACCAGUGUCCAAUGUGGACUUUUCCCACAGUGCGUCCCAGCUCCAUGAAUAAGCUGCAGAAAGGCUACGCUAACACAGACUCGGAGGUGGCGGAGACGGUGAAGAGGCAGCCGAGGUCUCAGUGUCUGUCUGCGCUCGUCUCACCUGUCUUCAGAGAGUUAAAGGAGAAGCGGAGGGCAAGUGGAGGAGGAAUCGGGGCCAUAGAGGAGCUGGAGAACGCCUUCAACCUAGCCGAGGAGUCGUGUCCCGGCAUCUCAGACCUGCUGGUCACACACGUUAUGGAGAGAGUUUGUCGGUUUGCACUGAACAGUAAUGGAAACACGACCCCGUCAUCACGGUGAAGUGCCUAUUGACCUCGGCCUUGACCCCCGACCGCCCGUUCAUGAUCCCUGUGCACCCGGUGUCCCCCAUUCUCUCCACCAUGCAGACGUUUUAAUGAGUUGUAAUGAAAUAUUUUUACAGGUUCUUUAUAGAGCGGAGAUAUUUAAGAGACAAAGCCAUGCCACUGAGCUGUGUUUACCCGUUACACCCCAAUCUUCAUAAAACCUCACACACACGUA